AUGUUGCUGCCUUCCACGAUAUUGACGCAUCCUGUUGUCAUCGGUCUUGUCGUCGCCGCAGCAGGGGCAACGCUCUUGUCCAUAGCGUCCAGGAGGUAUGCAAGCGACCCGGACUCUGGACAUGACCACGAGACGAAAGAAGAGCCCAUGUGCUCGGUCCCGUACCUUCCUGGUGGCCACCCCGUGCUCGGACAUACGUUGAUCAUGGCUCGGAACCUCGACCGGUUUCAAGACUGGCUCGUGGAAACGAGCGUCGCUCGUAAUGGCCAGCCGUUCGUGCUGCGUCAACCAGGCAAGAACGACUGGCUGUUCUCGGCUCGACCUGCGGAUUUCGAGCAGAUCUUGAGCGUGCACUUUGACACGUUCAUCAAAGGCCCGCAAGUCCGUGACUUGCUGCACGACUUCAUGGGCGAGAACAUUGUCAUUAUCAAUGGCGAGCGCUGGCGAUUCCAGCGCAAAGCGCUCGUGAACCUCUUUACGGCGCGAGCUUUGCGGAAUCAUAUGACUCCUGUUGUCCGGAAGUGUGCCUUGGCCUUGCAGCAAGUGUUUGCAAGCGCGGCCAAGACGCAAGGCGUAGUGGACGUGCACCAUUUAAUGGGUCGCUUUACACUGGAAACGUUUGCAGAGAUCGAGUUCGGUGCGCAGUUGGGGCUGCUCGCUUCCGGUCGAGACCAUGCGUUCGAGACGGCAAUUGAUGAAGCCAACCACGUGUCGCUCGAACGGUUUGCUGUCCCCACUUGGGUAUGGAAACUCAAACGCUGGCUCAAUAUUGGCUCGGAACGUCGACUUCGUCAAGCGAUGGCCGUGAUCUCGACGUUUGUCAUGACUUGUAUCUCCGGAGCGAUCAAGCGUCGCUCGGAACGACGAGCAGCUUUAGCAAGAGGAGAGAUCCUGGGACCGGUAGCAAACGACAUUGUGUCGAUUUUGCUUGAAACCGAAGACAAGACGGGGGAGCCCGUGCUCCCGACUGACGUGUUUAACAUCUCGCUUGCAGGUGUCUUGGCUGGAAAAGACACGACCGGCGACGCCACGAGCUGGUUACUGCACUUGCUGCAUGAAAACCCACGAGUCGAGAACAAAUUGAGGACGAAGCUCCUUGCGCAUAUCCCGAAACUCGCCCUUGACGAGACGUAUGUGCCAACAAUUGACGAGCUGGAGGGUAUCGCGUACUUGGAAGCUACGAUCCGUGAGAGUUUGCGGCUGAAACCACCUGCUCCGUGUGUCACGCAGCAUUGCACGCAAGACACGGUCUUCCCGGACGGUACGUUUGUUGCCAAAGGCACGGACACGACCUUGUUGUACCAUGCUUCGGCCUUGUUACCAAGUGUGUGGGGUCCAGAUGCUGCUGCGUUUAAGCCGGAGCGAUUCCUCGAUGAUGAUGAGAGGCUCGUGGUUCUCCCUCCUCUCAAGUUCAUCGCCUUCAGUGCAGGGCCUCGCAUUUGCGUGGGUCGAAAACUUGCAAUGAUUGAGAUGAAGAUCGUCACGGCUUGUCUUGUAAGUCGCUUUCAUCUCGUUCAAGUGCCUGGCCAAGACAUUCGAGGAACGAUGGGGAUCAGCCUCGGCAUGAAGAACGGGAUGAAGGUGACGGUUCAUCCGACCUUUGGACUUGCCACCAGUGCUUGA